UUAAAUGUUGGAUUCUAGCCGAGUCACCAGGCUUUGGUUGGAGACCCUGUCGGAGGUUGGUUUCAGGUUUUCACCCGUCCAGGAAGUCCCUCACUAGUAGUCAUGAACCUGUUCCUCCUGGGGCUGGGGCUGGUGGUCUUCUACUACCUGUACCGCUGGGUCCGGGAGCUGCCCAGGGUCCCGGACAAGGGUAACAAGUAUGUGUACAUCACCGGCUGUGACUCUGGCUUCGGCAACCUCCUGGCCCGAUACCUGGACAAGCAGGGGUUCAGAGUGAUCGCCGCAUGCUUUACAGAGAGAGGAGAGGAGGAUCUGAAGAAGGCCUGCUCCGACAGGCUGAGCACCACUCAUUUAGAUGUUCGAAGCAAGGAGAGUGUCAGCAAGGUUGCAUCCAUGAUCAAGGAGAAAGUGGGCGAACGUGGCUUGUGGGCCGUCGUGAACAACGCAGGCGUGGCCAUUCCCUCCGCCCCUUGCGACUGGUUGACCAUCGACGACUACAAAUCCAUGCUGGACGUGAACUUGAACGGGGUGAUCGCCGUGACCCUGAGCGUCCUGCCGCUGAUCAAGAAGGCCAGGGGAAGGGUGGUGAACGUGGCCAGCGUGUUUGGGAGGAUCAGCGUGGUGGGCGGCCCGUACUGCGUCUCCAAGUACGGUGUGGAGGCGUUCAAUGACAGCCUCAGGUUAAAUAUGAAACCUUUUGGCAUCAAGGUCCUCUGUAUUGAGCCAGGCUUCUUCAAGACAAAUGUGACCGACGCUGCGAUCCUGGGUAAAAACGUGAAGAUGCUGUGGGAGAAGCUGCCCCAGGAGGUCAGAGAUGACUAUGGACCCGAUUUUCUAGACAAGGCUGAUGUGAUGAUGAAGAAGAAGGUGACCCAGAUAUCAGACGCGGACCUGAUGAAGGUGGUCAGCUGUAUGGAGCACGCCAUCUCUGCAGUCCGGCCCCGCACCCGUUACUCGCCAGGCUGGGAUGCCAAGCUCUUCUGGCUGCCGCUGUCAUACAUGCCAACCUUUGUGUCUGAUUACCUUAUGUUAAAAGAAGCCAUUCCCAUCGCAAAGUCUGUCCAAUAAGACCAAAUACACUUAUCAUCUAGUAUCAGUAUGGGGCCUUAAACUGUGCCCAUUUCACCCAUAUGUGCCCAUUUUAUUACCUACAGGCCUUGAAACAUAACAUAGGCCAUGCAAGAGACCAAUGUGUUAUUGGUGUAAUAUUUUUUAUUCCUAAUCAUAGCAAUAUUGUAAUAUCCAGAUGAUUAUUUAGGUCCAGAUUAACAUCCAGAUGCACUUUUGUGUAGCCAACAUUUGGUUGGUGUGUAGUGAUGUGUUACAGCCACGAAUUAAACAGCACUACUUAAAGCAA